AUGAAAUUCAUCUUAGUUUUAAGCUUAUUAGUCCUUGUCACAUUAGUUUUUGUUGAAGCAAGACCUGAAGGUGAUGAAUUUCUACUGCGAAAAAUGCUAUCGGAUACUACUGAUAAACUCAAAGUGUUAACAUUAAAACACUUAACAAUAGUUCGUGAGAAAAUAGCAGAAGUUUUAGUUAUUCUUAUUCAACGUCUCAAUAGACGCUUAGAAAAUUGUUUAAAAUCAUCUAAUUUAGAAUAA